UCUAGAGAAAAGAUGACAAAUCUUACAUGACUUCGUGAAUGGCUUUACCCUUUUGUAGCAAGAAUCUUGGGUGAGCGAUCCAGGACCAUCAGGACCCUCUUGUUUAAGUUAUCUAGUUAGGGUCACUGGUAAAACGUCUUACAUGCGAUAAAAACAUUUUGAGAUUGGAGGCUAAUACUUGAUGUGACCAUUUGUAUCUGAAUGCAAAUAAAUAAGAGAUAAAAUUAGUAGUUUCAUGAGUGUUAUCACAAUUUAAUAAGAGGACACAAAGAUAGUACAAUGUUUUUCAUUGAGGACUCUUUCACAACAAAUGUACUUCUGCAAGAUAACGUAUGUUCAAAAUUGCACAACAUCAAGAAACUGAACUAAAGGAUUUAAAAGGGAGCUCAAUUUUUAUAAGACUAAUUUUAGGGAGUUUUAACUGAAGUAAAGAAUUUUUCAUAUUAAAUCCUCAUGUAAACGUGAUUUUUUUUUAUUUCUGCCUGUUGGUGAAAGAAGAAUUAUGGUUGUGUCAAACGAUUCUCACGAUCAAAUACAAGGAUCCUAUGUCUCUAAAGAGAUCGUGGAAGUUUCAGGGAACAGGAUAAGGGAUUUGAUCUUACCGGAAAGAUGCAAAGAUAGAAACGGACACGGUUUGUUUGACAAGGACCAUGGUAGUCUUCCAAAUCAGACACUGGAAUGUUACGAUGUUGAUGAUGUAAGCACGAAGCAUGCUGAAGGCUUUGAUGAGAAAGUCGAACACACUAGACCAACGGACCAAGAAAUUGAUGUCUUGCAUUUGACAAAUGGGGAUGAAUCUGCAAAGUUGUUAGCAGACGACCAUUUUCAAACUGGAAUAAAUAAGGAACGUCAAAGGUUGGAUGAUAAUCACGGAACGGAAAAUGUUAAAGAAAUAUUUGAGAAAACUGAAGACAAAUUACCAAUAGACAGAGGAUGGGCUUGGAUUAUACUUCUUGCGUCAGUGUGCGUUCACUUUAUUGUGAUUGGACAGCUUAAGUGCUUUGGUAUAAUUUUUGUUCAGCUUCAGAAGCGUUAUGGAUCAUCCUCUUCGGCAACGUCCGUCAUUUAUACGUUGAUGAAUGCGACAUACAGCGUAUCUGCACUUAUUAUCAUGACAGUUGGCGGUUCAAUGUCUGCACGAACUUCUUUCUUCAUCGGCGGAACUAUUACGUCAGUAGCUUCUAUGAUUACCGCGUUCAUUGAUGACGUCAGAAUUGCAAUGGUUACACUUGGUGUAGCAUCUGGCUUGGCAAAUGCAUUCCUGAUGACGUUUACAGCUACAAUCAUUAAUACUUAUUUUGUUGAAAAGAGAGGUUUAGCAAACAACAUAGGAAAUUGCGGGGUCAGCCUGGGCACCAUUGCUUUAGCUCCAAUAGUUACCAAACUUUUUGAGUAUUAUUCAUAUACUGGAACGUACAUAAUUUUAACCGGUCUUAAUUUGCAAUUGUUCGCAAUAGCUUGUUUACUUAGGCCGAUGAGUUUUUACAAAAGUAAGUGUAAACGCAUUAACAUAACUACUACCAAUAAAGACGUGGACACAAAUGAGUCAGGAGAUAUUGUUAAGACUUUAGGUAACAGUGCCAUUAAAGGAAAAACAAUUCCUGUUGCAGUUUUACAAAAUAGGACCAUUAGUAAGCAAAACAGUGUUGAAAGUCCAUACUUUAGUAGUCUUAGACACAUUAACGAGAAUGUUAAAGGUUUAAUUCCUGCUAAAACACGACGAAGAAGAGCUAUAAGCGAAAGUGAAACAGAAGGGAAAAGACUUGCGGUGAAAACUGAUGAAUUUGAACACGCAUCUGUUCAUUCAUUGUUUAAUUCAGAUGUUGCAAGAUUUACAAGUACGGAUAUAAUGAAUACGUCUUUGAUGGACUUAACACUCGUUAAAGAUCAGACAAAAGAAGAGACAAAUUUCAAUUUAGAAGACAACAAACUGAAGGGACAAUCAACAUGUACAAACAGAUUUCGAAAAACAUUUUUAAAUUCAAUGAAAAGGUUGUUUGAUACAAAACUUUUGUCAAAACCGGAAUUUCAGUAUUUUCUUAUAUGUAAUGCUUUUCUCUGCGCGGGAUGUAGCUUAGCAACCGCGUUCCUUGCCCCUCUUGCAUAUGACAAUGGUAUAGACAAUGACAUGGUAGCAUUGAUGAUCAGCGUAAUGAGUAUUGUUGAACUUUUAUCUAGAUUUGUUAUAGGCUAUAUAUCUGAUAAAAAGUGGUGUCAUCGAUCAACAAUCAUUGCUGUUGCUUGUUUGGUACUUGGUCUGGCUGCUGAGUUCUUGCAUUUCAUGACAACAUUUUCAACUCUUAUGAUAUAUGCAGUAAUAUCUGGGCUUCUACAGGGUGUAUACUUCUCACUCUUUGUCGUCGUUAUUCUGGACAUACUUUCUUUCGAAGAGUUCAAGGGAGCAUUGGGUUUCACUAGUCUGGUACAAGGGGUGUCAUCUGGUAUCUGCAUGCCAAUUGUUGGUUACCUCAAGGACACGACAGGAACAUAUACCUACCCAUACAACCUAAUUGGGACAUGUCUUAUUAUUGGUGCUGUAUUAACAUAUUUCAUUCCUAAUAUUCAUGAAUGGAGUCUGAAACGGGAAAAGAAUAAAAGCAAAGACACAAGAGUAUAAUUAAUAGGAAUGGUCGUACAAAACGAAAUGGCAAAGAAAUAAGAAUGUAAUUAAUAGGAAUGGUCGUACAAAACGAAAUGACAAAGACGUUAGAGUGUAAUUAUAAGGAAUGGUCAUAAAAAACGAAAUGACAAGAAAUGAUGGUGUAAUUAUGAGAAAUGGUCGUAUAAGACGAAAUGAGACACGUGUUAACUACCUAUUACAUCUACAUUGCCGUUUGCGUCAUGGGAGACAUUUUGAACACUGCCUACUUGCCUAAACGACUGUUUGAAUAUUAUUUUACAGAAGCAGGGAAUACUGCAAUGAGACUUUAAAUUUACUAUAGCUUUAACUUUUAACAACUUUUUGACAAAGGCAAUAAGGGACAUUUCAAAUAUUAUACAGUUAAGUCUGACUAAUACAUUGUAAUUACAUUUCAUAUUUGUACAUGUGUUCAUUUUCGGUAUAUUUAAUACAUUGUAACAUACUAAAAUUUUAAAAUAGUGAGUUGUUACUUCAUAAAAGUAAUAUUAUUAAGUAUAAUUAUGUCCUAGUAUGAUUAUUAUUGAUACGGGGAAUUCAACAUUUUUGUGUUCACUUGCAUGAAAAAAUGUGUGAUCAUGUUCACAUUGCCUAAAGAUAAAACAAACUACGAUGUUUUGAUACGUUAUUUAAACAUGCUUCAACCCCAAAAUUAUGUCACUUUAAAUAAAAAAUCACAUUGUCGAUAUAUGUGUUUGCGCAAUCUCUCAUUUACAUGGGCUUCUGGUCUUCUCUAAUAACAUGGUUUACAUAACUUGAAAACAGCGUCAUUUCUACACGGAAGUGAUUCACAGAAAUAAUAAUGCCAUGCUUGAAUAAUGUAAAAAAGUGUAGGAGCAAGCUCAAUCAAACCGAGUUUGCAACAUUUUUUUUUAGAUUUUUUGUCGUGUUGAGUUUUCUAUAGGGAUACUGUUUUACUUUAUUUGAGGAAUAUUUUAAGCUGUUUUGUGAGGCAUGUUAUUUCAACUGCUACUUAACACUUCUGAGUCCGCUUCCUAGAACUAACAAUAUUGUGGGGUAAACAUGGUCGUGACCCAAGUAUUCGGUCAAACCUACGACCGCUUGGUUUAGAGGCAGCUACCAUAACCACUAGGUCAUCGCUCCCCUCAAUGUAUGCACACUGAAGUAUUCACUUGUUUUGCAGUUUUAUGACUGAGAACUAUUUAGAUAUUUAAAAAAUGGGUGCUAAUUAGAUUUUACAAUUUUUAUGAGUUCUGGGCCAAGAAUCAAAGACUUAAAUGGUUAUUCAUGUCAACUUCUUUAUCCCCAAUGUUAAAUAGUUCAUUUUUUUCAAUAUAAAAUGAAAUAUUUGUCCUACUGAAUAGGUGACUGCCAAACUACCCUUUCGUUAUCUUUUAUAUAUACAAAAAAAGAAAUCACAAUCUAUACAUGCCACAAUUUGUUACUGUUUUCAAACGCUGAUUUGCUUUUAAAUGCAUUAAUACUUCAGUGAUACUUCAUCAGUUGCGAUGUCCUUUUCGUAUAAAUGAACUUUUUGUGUUGCCGAAACGAGAUUUCUCUUCUUUGUCACUGCAAUUAUGUUUUGAUUCGUUGGCAUUAUUAAUUCUUUAAACUUUACUCCUUAAACUGAUUUCAAAUUAGUGCGGCGAUAGGCGGGACGAACUGAGCCCUGUUCAACCAUACGCUCAUAUAUUUUAUUACCAAACUAAGUUGAGUUUGAGAUUGUACUGACCUUUUUAUUAUUUUUUUCAUUAUUGUUAUUAUUUUGAUAUUUCAAUUCGCAACGGUGAUAUUGAUUGGUGCUUUUCCUUACAAGUUCUUGAUUUAUAUCAGUUAAUGAAUAAUUCGACCUCCAGCAGUCGUAAGCAAUUAUUCAAAUAUUGAGGAUUGAUAAACAAUGUAUGUACCUAAGGGACCAUU